UCAAUGAUAUAUAGUUUGUCAUGACUGGAAUAGAAAUGACAUGCACAAUAUUAAUGCAAACUUAGGUGUCCCGUAUACGGAACGGGUGACAGUUGACAGGCUACAGGGUAAGUUCCCUCAAAAAUUUAAAUGAUGUCACAAUUUAUUCACCCUCAUGUCAUUGAAAACAUGCAUGUGACUCUUUCUUAAGUGGAAGACAAAAGAUAUUUAAAAAGAUGUGUUACAAUUGAAGUCAAAUGGGUUCAAUGUUGUUUGAUUAAAAACAUUUUUUUUUAAUUUAUAUAUAUUUUUUAAAUAUCUGUCACAUAUAAAUAAUUUAAUGUGCAGGCCAUUCAGUGAUGAUGAACAUGAUUCACACACAUAAGAUUUACAAAAGACUCUUUAGUUCCCCCACCUGUACGAGCAACAAUGUGUUCGGCGCAUGCGCAGUGCGUCAUCACGCGCUCCUGUGGGCGGGGUUUGUUUGCGCGGCUCCGCGUCGCCUCAGAUCCGCUCUGUGAUGGAGACGAUGGUUGUGUGAACCUGCGGUGCAUCCCAAAAACUCACGAAAUUAACCCCGCGGAGAAGUUAAAGCGCCUUCAAAAGCGCCUCUCCGCCGGGAGAGCAGCAGGAGGUUCGUUUCGCUUCCCGCAAGGGGCGGGGGUCAUGGCGCGGGAUUAUGAUUACCUCUUCAAGCUGCUCAUCAUCGGGGACAGCGGUGUUGGCAAAAGUAGUUUACUGCUGAGAUUUGCUGACAACACAUUUUCAGGUAGCUACAUCACCACAAUCGGUGUGGACUUUAAAAUUCGGACGGUGGAAAUAAACGGGGAGAAAGUCAAAUUGCAGAUUUGGGAUACAGCAGGACAGGAGAGGUUUCGAACGAUCACAUCGACGUACUACAGAGGCACGCACGGUGUUAUCGUGGUGUAUGAUGUCACCAGCGCAGAGUCGUUUGUGAACGUCAAACGCUGGCUUCAUGAAAUCAAUCAAAACUGUGAUGAUGUUUGUCGAAUAUUAGUGGGAAAUAAAAACGACGACCCCGCCUCUAAAGUGGUGGAGACCAACGAUGCGCAGAAGUUCGCCGAGCAGAUGGGGAUCCACCUGUUCGAGACCAGUGCCAAGGAGAACGUCAAUGUUGAGGAUAUGUUUAACUGCAUCACUGAGCUCGUACUGAAGGGCCGGAAAGAAUCUGUGGCCAAACAGCAGCAACAGCAGCAGAACGAGGUGAUCAAACUCGGCAAGAGCAACAAACGCAAGAAGAAAUGCUGCUGAUGGAUUGGACUCAACACACACUUGCACACACGGCCGGACAAAGCCACUGAACUGACAAGAGCCAGAGAACCUAAGCGACCCAUGACAGAGACGGAUCAUCUCUAAAGAUUUACUUACCUUGAGCCCCUUUGGAUGUUUUUACAGGAAUGGGUUGGCGGUGCAUCCGUCCUACUUCAUCUUUAUCCUUCUUUUCCCAGAAGAUGCUCGGAACGCCGCUUCCACUCCUUUUAUUUUAAAUGGAGAAUGAAAUGUUUGUGCCACUCAUGGUCAGGUGGAGGCUGAACCUCCGCAAUGUUAAUGCGACGUUCCGUCAUGACAUCUGUCAGGAAAACCGAAAAGGAACGCCGAAAGACCAUCAUGAACAUUUCCUCCUGCAUCCCACGUUCUCCUGCUCCUGUGAUUGUCGGUGGUUACAGACAAGUCUGGAGAUCACGUGUGCUGCUCUGUCAGUUACCCAGGGACUCUUGUUUUGCCUUUUGCUUAUUGUCUUUCGUUUUUGUAAAAUUGUAUUUUUUUACUAACAAAAUAUACAGUCAAACACGGUAGUGUUUAGUGGAUCUCGUGCCAUUGAUUGACUGAGCUUUGGAGGAUAUAUUGGACCUCUGUGCACUGACACAGUUGGACUUAAUGUGUAUAUAGAAAAGAUGUCUGUUUUAUACGUAAAAAUUAGCUGAUGUCCAACGUAGAGGUGUAGAGGAAUAGUUCUGCCAAAAAAGAUAAUUCUGUCAUUAUUCAUGGACCCUCAUGUCGUUCCAAACCUGCAUGACAUUCUUCUUUUGACUGAACACGCAAAUCACUAUCAGUAUGUUCACAUUUAUCCCAAAACAAUGAACACACACACACAAGCAUCAGCUGUAGAACUCCAUGACAAGAGUCCAGAUGAAAUGCAUUGUAUUUCAGUUGUUCAUACCACAGAUUAGAGUGCGCAACAGACGAUUUAUUUAAGUCGAUAUUUGCGAAAAACUUCCCCUCCUGUCAAUCUCAUUCACACAGAAGGUAAUACGGGUUUGGCAUGAUGGAGAGUGAAUGAAGAAUAUUGUUUCAUAUUCAAAUGAGCUUGCCCUCUAAUGUUCUCAGCGGUUGUCUGAGAUUCCAGGAUUUGUUACUCAGAUAAAGCACACAGAACAUGAAGAUCCAGAUGAGGGCAGAGCUUGUGCGGUGGUGAUGUGGACCUGCGCAUAAGAUGCAUUCUGUAUUAUAUUAGGAGAGGUUUUAUUGAGCAGAUCUUCGAGGCAAACACUCAUCAAACCACUGUUGUGCUCCUUCAUCUGUUCAUAUCAUUUAAAGUCGAAAUAACAUGACACGCUCAUGCAUGUUAACAUACGGGGAUAUGCGCCUGUGUGUUUCUGUGUAAGUGAAAUGUGACCCUGGCUCACAAAACCAGUCUUGAGUAGCACGGGAACGUUUUUAGUAAAAUACAUUGUAUGGGUCAAAAUUAUUGAUUUUUUCUUUUUGCCAAAAAUCGUUAGGAUUUAAGUAAAGAUCAUGUUCCAUGAAGAUAUUUUGUUAAUUUCCAGCCUUGAAUAUAUAAAAACUUUAUUUUUGUGAGUUCAUGUCCUGCCACAGUGCCCCUGAUUUACAACUUCAAAGGCAAUUUUCUCAAUAUUUAGUUUUUUUGCGCUCUCAGAUUCCUGAUACGGUUGUAUCUCAGCCAGAUAUUGUCCUUUUCUAACAACUCAUACAUCAAUAGAAAUCUUCUUCAUCUUUGAGGUUAUGUUAACAUCUUAAUUUAGAAAAAUUUACCCGUAAGACUGAUUUUGUUGUCCAGGGUCACAUAUGUUCUGGCGUACACUGGAAAAGAUUAAUUCAUUCCUACCGCUAAUCUAACGACAAUAAACGUUUUAAGAGGUC